CUCUCUCCCUUUCUCUCUCUCCCCAUUUUCUCUCUCUACAAAUUUGGAAAGUCCUCUUGGAUUCUUCAACCAGAGAGCGCAGUGGAGCUGCAUUUAGCUCAGUAAUGCCAGGGAUUUAAAGGGACCAGAAUUGCCGGAGCUGCGAGUAAUCUCGAGGAGCUUCGGAGGCGGCGGUUCAAUUUGUUAAUGCUUUUGGAGGAAAGGCAUUCGCCGGAGCGAGCACAUGGCGGGCGAGUCAGGCGCCGGAAGCGGCUUCCAUCACCACCACCACCAGCAACAAGGCGUAUUGUUCAAAUCCGGCGGUGCGAUGAGCAGCAGCGGCAGCAACAGCGGUUCGCCGGGGUGUCAAUUGAUGAUUCCGAUGGGGAAUAAUAACAAUAAUUAUUACCGGAACCCUGGGGGAAGCCUGAAUUUGAGCGGCGGCGACGGCGGUGCUGGGCGAGUGAUUUUCUCAUCGGGAGGAGGCUCGCAGAAUUCUCUGGAUUCCACCUCGACUCUGCCGAUUGAUUCCGGUGCCGGACUGAAGCACGACACCGGCCUCGCCGUGGAGUGGUCCAUUGACGAGCAGUACAAGCUUGAGGAAGGCCUUGCUAAAUUCUCCAAAGAGCCCACUAUUAUGCAGUAUAUUAAGAUUGCUGCGCUGCUCCGUGACAAAACUGUGCGGGAUGUUGCUCUCCGAUGCAGUUGGAUGAUGAGAAAAAGGAGAAAACAGGACGAUCAAACCUCGGCGAAGAAAAUAAAGAGUCGUAAGGAAAAGUUUGUAGAGUCAUCUCUGAAAAACAACAUUUCUUCGGCUUCAUCAGUAAAUGCAGCUACAUAUGCUUUACCAAGAAACCAAUAUGAUCACAGUGGCUGCACACUUUCAGGAGCAUUGAGCGGCGCAACAAGAAAUCUUUUGGAAGAAAACAAUCAGGCUUUUGGUCAGAUUUCAGCAAAUCUUACAACCCUCAAGUUGCAACAAAACAUCGAGCUCUUCCUCCGAACAAGGAACAACCUAACUACAAUUUUGAACGACAUGAGCAACAUGCCGGGAAUUAUGAGUCGAAUGCCACCUCUUCCUGUGUUCCUCAACGACGAACUUGCAAGUAGCAUUUUCCCAUGCUCAUCUCAGCCGAUGAUAUUUAGCUCGUCUAGUGCAGUUCCAUUGAAGCCGGAAUCAGGAUGCUGAUCAAGUAGUUGCUUAACUUCGGUGACACCACGACGACAACUCGACUGGUCUUCUUUCUUCUCAUGCCUCUGUAAGUAUUGAAAAUUCUUCCUCUAAGCUGGUGAACUUUCUAGCCGUUUUCCUCGAUUUCUAUCGCGCGCCAUGUCCGUCAUUUUUGGCCAGCGAAACAGCGGCUCGGCUCAGCUCGGUUCGACUCGAUUUGAUUCGAAUCGAAUUGAAUCGAAUCGCUUGGCUUGCUGGAGCAGUUGAUUUCUUCAGUCCAACUGCUUAACAAUCAAAUAAUGUUGGGCAUAAAUAAUGGAUGAUCGAUUUUCAGACUCUGCAAUGCAGAUUUUGUAUGUAAAAUGUUCAUUACAUACACUAAUCUGAUUCACUGGAUGAUUCAUUUACUUCUGCUGUCUUUUAAUAAUUUGUAAUAUUAAUUCA